AUGGGCGGAGUGUGUCCACUUGCCAUGACCAUUCAGUCCCCGAAUGGAGUCACAGGGACUGUCUCUCCGCCUGUGACCCAUUCGUCAUGGCUGCUCCCGGGACCACUGUCUCUCUGCUCUAACAUUCACUUCCUCGUGAUCCAUCUGCCAGUCACGCUGUCGCCCUCCAAGUCUCUCCGUUUCUGGCCCCCCUUCUACUACUCCAUUCAGGAGACUCUUCGAAUCGAAAGACCUCGUUAUCGCACCCGAACACCCCUCCGUCGUUCAGCAACCAUGCCUGCUCCUAUUGAGCAGCCCUCCGAGCCCGUCGUGCUCGUACGCGACCCCGAGGACGACGAGAGCUACGUGAUCUCUGCCUAUGAAGGCCACGCCGACCACUGCACUCGAUGUGCGGAUCCGAUGACCGCGUACGAAGAGAAGCGCUCGCUGUGCAAGCGUGGUGCCCAGUAUGCCCGCGACGUGACCGAAUACCUCCGCAGCAAGAACGGAAAGAUCUACUCCGUUGUUGACCUUGAGCGCAACCGAUCCACCCUGGUCAGGGUGCCCCUGAAGUGCGUCGCUGUUCGCCAGCUGCUCCUAGCAAUCGAAAAUGGUCUGCGUGUGAACACCAAGGAGGAAGUCACCGCUCGCGAGCGGCCGAUAAUCAGCCAUGAGCCAGCCCCUGUCCGCCGGACUACCACCCAGGAAGAUGUGGCCUGCACAGCAAUCAUUGAGCGAGAGCCACGCUCUCUGAGGCGUCACCGGGUCAUCGUCUACACCUCUCCGCGGAGCUCUCCCAGCCGUGGGUCUCUGUAUGAGGCCGACGCCGCUGACCGCAUUGCGCGUGUCAACCGGUCCUCGCGCAUCUACCGGCCGAGCGACUACUACCGCUGA